AUAGUUGAAGCUUUAGGAAUCACGAAUUCUCGAAGCUUAAAUUCGCCCCAGAAGAUCCUUUUAAAAGGAUUUUAUAAUCACGAUUUCCUCGAAGAAUUUAUUCUUCCCAAAUUUGAAGAAGGAAAUGUUAUUUUUGCAACAGAAUUCCCGGUCUUAAUCAACAUGAUCGCAAAAGUACGAAACUCUCCAACAAUUAAAGACAAUGAUGCUAUUAUGGUAGUUGCAUUUACUGAUCAUAUAAAUCAAGAUUCAUUUACCAUUGAAAUCGACUGUCAUUAUUUGGCAUUAGCACCACAUUUAAUCCGAAUAACCCCUACAAUAAAGAAAAAUUCUCAAAAAUUAUUGUUAAACCCUGUGAAUAUUCCAUGGAAAAACAAAACAUCAAGCGAAACAAUAAAAUCUCAAAGCAUCGCUAAAAAAAUAGCUGCAAAAAUUAACGCAAACAGCAAAAUUGAAAAUUCAUCAUCCACAGAUAAAGCCCUGUACGUAACUAAACCUUCUUCCGCAACUUCUAAAGCAAGUACUAAAAAUAAAGAUUUAUCAUUUAUGAACAAUACUAUCUAA